ACUACACCUUUUGUUAGGCGACUACGCUAGAUAUAUGCCGGAAUUGACGUCCAUGAUACCCGCUGUCACAUACUAACGGAUUGAGGCAUCGGUGGCCUGGCGUACCGGCAGAGCCACUACUGCGCUGCGCAGCUUACACGACAAAUCAUGGCUGAGUGUCUCCAUACUAGCAGGCACCUUAAGGGUUUCGAUACAUGGCAUCAGUUAUCGGGCCGUUUAGGCCCUUCACGUUGCAUCCCGGGUGUCCAUCCAUCCUUCUCGAGCCGGCUUAGGGAUCAAGCGACAACAGCAAUAUUCCUGCUCUAUGACUUGGCGAUAAGCAGCAAAGUGCUGUUCGGAUAGCGAAUGGAGUGCUUGAGGCUUGCGAACAGUACAGCACACGUAUAAGCCACAGACGAAAAUAGUGUACAGGAUAUGUGCACUUCCAAUGGAAUUCGAGGAAUAACUUACAUACUACUGACAUCUUUUACAUAGAAGGGGGCAGCACUGAAGGGGAUUGAGCGUACGGCGUUGAAAAACUUUCGCAAUCGGUUCACCCGUUAGCGAAACAAGGGACUUAGUAAUGAACAUGGACGGCAUUCUGUGAAAUUAUGGCUACUUGCGAUGCAAGCCGAACGUCAGCAAGCUUUGCAAGGCUCGUUGCUCUUAGCUGAAAAGACCAACACUGCAACGUUGGAAUGGUAUUUUGUUGCUUUCGUAGCUCCUCAACGUCCGAAAAUGCUUUAGCGUCACCUGCAGUAAAAGUUCAGGCACAGGAUGCGGCUGUUGGAGCCACAGCUCGGGCGGGUAGCGCUCCACAAUCGCGCAAUGAUAGCUGUCAGGCAGAACCGGAGUCAACUGGCGAGCAGCGGCAUGUGGCGGUCUCCGACGGCUCACCUCUGCCGGUGUCACAACAGACAUCUAAAGAUGCUGUUAUGCGCGUUGUGGCCUUGCUCCAGGAGCUCCUGGGCAUGACGUCCGAGCGGAUGCAGGUCAGCCGCGUCAUGGCGCUGCUGUGCCAGCGGCUGAACGUUUCGUGGGCGUGUCUGACGGCGCUGUCGGCAGACGGGGAGGUCUUCCAACACACGGGAUCCGCCUAUGUGGUGGACUCCAAGCCGGGCGCCUGCUCCUUCUCCUCCUGCCGUACCUCCAGUGGCAUCAUGCACGGGCAGGGCUUCGGAGGGGGAAUGGGGCCGCGGGGGCCGCCCUCCCGCACCUCCUCCACCAGCAGCAUCUUGGGCGUGUCGGCCAUAGAGGUGGGCUUGUCGGAUCCGCACCCCCUUCGCGGCUCCGAAACCAGCAUCGAGCUGGUCGCCAGCUCCGGUGAGCCCCUCAUGCUGAGCGACCCGGCGGGUCAGUUGGUCUCGGGAACUGGCGCCUCAGGAGCAGCCACGGCGGGGAGCUCCGGUUCCGCUUCGCAGCAGCAGCAGCUGGGCUCCGCAGCAGCAGCAGCCCCGGGCCAUCCUAACGCACCCUCGGCGGCAUCCCAAACGGCGAACAGCCAGAGCCAGCUGGUUCAACAGCAGCCAAAUGUGGGUCAAAUCCAACAACCCGGAGGGGUUGGUGGCGGGGGCGGAGGUGGGAACGCAGCCUGCGGAGGGACACCGCUGGGCGCGGCAAGCAGCACACACGCAGCUGGGACGCGGCAGCAGCAACAGGCAGCGGCAGGCGCAGCAGCAGGAGCAGCAGCGCCCGUUUCCUCCUGGCCCUUCGACUGGCAGCUCAUGUACCGUGACAAGGGCAUGCGCGCCUUUGCCUGCCUGCCAGUCGCCGCCACAAACGGCUCCGGUGCCAUCGUGGGUUGCUUGAGCCUUGGAUCCUUGGAACCCCUAGACUGGAGCCGGCAGUUCUGGGCAAAAUCUGCGACCCUCAUCACGGGCUGGGCCGCAGGCGCCAUCACAACAACACGGGCCACGGCGCGCGCCUCCUUUUACGCGCGACUGUACGGCGCAGCCAACCUAGAAGCCCUCGCGCGGGCUUUUGCGUACGACAUGCCGGUUUUCCUUGCUGACGGCGGCGCGGGGCCCGGUACGGCACUUCCUGAAGUACGACUGGCGCUGGUUUCGUCGCGGCUGCAGCAUGCUGUCGUAUACGCUGCGCCGCUGCUGCAGGUUUCGGGGCGGCUGGGGCUGCCGCUGCCGCAUCAACAUGGCGGCGGCGGCGGUGGGGGGUAUAGCAGUAACGGCGGUUUUGGAGGGCUGUAUAGCGUUGGCAGCGGCGGCAUGGGGCAUACCACGUCUUCCACGGGUGGUCUCGUGUUGGGUUCCGGUCAUGACCGACCGAUCCUUAUGACCGGUUUGGCGGCGGCGGGCGGCGACGCCGCCGCCGCCACUCGUAACGCCUGUGGCGGCGCCGCCACCGGUACGGGUUACGAGCAGAUCGAUUGCAUGGUGCUGGGUUCCACUGCGGACGGAGACGAUGUGCUCAGCGGCUACAGCAGCAGCACCAGUGUGGGCGGUGUGGCACGACGCAUCUUGGGCUCCUCGACCGCGAUGGGCAGCGGUCGGGGGCUGUACGGCAAUGGCCUGGGCAGCGGCGGCAACGUGCCUCCGGAACCACCGCCUGUGGACUGUGUGAAGAUCAGCACAGACAGCACCCUGCUGAUGAGCGUGCUGGAGGCCGGCGACAUCAUGAUCAUCAAGGACGCGCUGCAGUACUUUGGCGGCGGCCGCAUGGUGGCACGUGACCUGGCACUCAACAACACGCGGCCCGCCACCGCCGGCACACUGGUGAUACUGCCGCUGGUGCACCGCUGCCGCUCGCUGGGCUGCGUGUACGUGUUUGCGAGGAAUGAGUUUAAUCUGUCCUUCAGCCGAUCCGCCUGGGGCGACCUAGCAGGCAUGCUCUCACGCGCCGUCUUCACGCAACUCGUGGGUCCGCUGCGACACGAGUGGUACGCGGUGCUGUCGGAAGACGCGCAGACACGACUGCUGACGGCGCCCAAACCCCUGCGCAGCACCCGUACCUCCAUCGCCGGCGCCAGCGGCCGCCGCAGCCGAGUGAAGCGAUCCAAUACAGGCAACAGCCUGUGCUCCGUCGCGUCGUCGCUGCGCCCGUCGUUUGAACUUCCCAGUCGCAGCUUCGAGCCGCCGCUAGGCAGCGUCGCCGCCGCCAGCAGCGUCGCCGCCGCCAGCAGCGUCGCCGGCGGCGGGACGCUUGGCGGCGGCGGCGGCGGCAGUCGGGAGUCCGCCGCCGCCGCGCUGGCGGCGGCGGCGGAGGUACUUGAGUACGCGGGGUUCCUGGGACCAUGGCCUGAAGAGGAGGCACGGCCGCCUUCGGCGGUGGCGACGACAGGAACCAGCAGCGCCAGUCGGCCGUUCAGUGAGCCGGCGGUCGGCGGCAUGGUGACGGCGGCAGAGGAGAUCUCACCGCCCACGAUGCCACCGAGACAUCGGAUCCCCGCUGCACAUGCAAGCGUGCGGAACGGUCUCGGCGGCGGCGGCGGCGGGGGCGACGGUGACGGCGAUGCGCAUGUGGAUGGGUUGGCGGCGGGGCAGGCGGCUGGCGGCGGCGGGGAGCGACGGAGCCCGAGUCCCGGCAGUCUUAGCUUCAAGCUGCCGCCGGGGCUGGCACAAUACGCAGUGGAGCAGGGGCAGGCGGGGCAGGAGACGGGACAGGCCGGGGGCGGCGGUGACGCGUCGAAGUCUGCGACUGGCAGCGGCGGCGGCGAGCUGGGGUCCGCGGUGGUGCCCGGCAUCGAGUCCAGUCGGGAGCAUGACGCGGGGCGGGAGGCGGCGUUGUUACGGCCGAUGAGCGAGGUGGAGGAUGCCGCUUCAGUGGCGCUGGUGGUCUGCGGGUGCGCCGGCGGCGGCGACGGCGCUGCAACGAGUACGGCUAGGUUGGGUCCAGGCGGUGACGGUGCUUCUGGAGCUGCUUCGGGCGCUGGCGCGGCGGUUGGGGCGGUUGCGUCUGCUGCGGGAGUUGAGAGCACAGCGGCGGCUGCGGGAGGUGCGGGUGCCGAGUCGCAGCGUGCGGAGGAGGGCGCCGAGGGGGACGAGGGCGAGGAGAUCAGCGGGAGCAGUCGAGAGCUGCAGGGUUGGCCCGAGCUGGUUGAUAUCCUGUACGACAUGCACCGCACCCGCAACGUGUCCGUGUACCUGGCGGCAUACCGGGGGCGGGCGGUGGCGAUCAAGAUGAUGCGCUCCCACAUGUCCAUGGACGGGAGGCCAGGACACUUGGACUCGGAGGCGCCCACCAUCGCGGCGCAGCACCUCCUGAGCUGCAUCGAACACCCCAACGUGCUCCGCGUCAUCAUGGUUUACCCGCUCGUGUACGAAGUAGUCACCGGCAAGCAGCAGCAACGCCACGCCCCACCUGCACCCGGCGCCAACGCCUCCUUCAACGCCCACUCCAACAACGCCCACUUUGCAGCUGCGGCGGCAGCCGGCAUCCCUGCCGGUGCUGCCGGUGGUGGUGCCUACACCGCCGCCACCGCAGCCGCUCAGCUCUUGCAACAUGGUCUUGCGCCGGGGCAAGGCGGACCCAUGGGUCCGCAUGGCAUGGGUGAUCUGUUUACGGGCGCUGGUGGGCUGGAGUUUCCGGCGGGCGGGGUGUACUUGACGGCGGUGUUGCCUCGGCGCGAGAAGUUCAAGCGUGGCCUAGCGCUGAUGCUUGAACUCUUCCCGUCGUUGAGCCUGCGUGAGGCCAUGCAGAAACGCAUGUUGAUGCCGUUUGGAGACCUGGUCGCACCCCACGCCGUCGCAACAGGCGACAGCAGCGUCGGCGUUGCGACGGCGCUUACCUACUUUACCAGCCAGACGGCUAGCGAGCCCCCUGCCGGCUGCGGCGCCCCGGCAUCACCUUCCCGUGCAGCCCAACAGCAUUUCCAACAGCCCCAGCAGCAGCUCUCGUACCUUCCCUCCCUACCCGAAUUCCUAACACAUAAUCACAACAACGAACCGCAUGGCGCAGCUAACGGCAUCAACUUUGGCCCCGCAGCAAAUGCGGACUCCUCGCCAGGCCUGGCAAUGUACAACAGCAGCGGCCCCAGCGCCGGCGGGUUGGGCAGCGGCCCCGGCGGCGGCGUCAGCAGCAGCGCCACCACACCCCCCAUGGCGCUCCUCCUCUCCAUCCUCUCCCAGAUUGCUUCAGGCAUGUACGCUCUACAUGCGGCGGGGUUACCUCACGGCGAGCUCCGGCCGGAGAAUGUGCUGCUGGCGAUGCCGCCACCGCCGCCGCCGACCCCCUCAUGCGGCAACCACAACGGCAUGUGGCUGCCGCACAAUGGCAGCAGCAACGGCGCGGUGCUGGUUUCAGCUGCUGAAGGCACAGUACACUGCGGAGGUGGCGGUGGCGGCGGCACGCCGAGAAGGUCGCCGUCGCCUCGAAGUGGCCCCUCGUCAUCAACGGCGGCGGCGGGAGCAGCGAUGGCAACAGCGGCGGCGGCGGCGGCGCCGGGUUUCGGCCGGACGUCGGGUACCUGCGCUGGCCUGCAUGGCAACAGCGGCCGGGCACGUAACGCCGGCGGAUGGCUGUCGUACUCUAGCGUCAACGGCGGCGCACUGUCCGUGGCGGAGACGGAUAAGUCAAUGCCCGAGCGGCCGCAGCAGGGGCGUCCGAUCACUCCGGAGGUUAUGGUCAAGAUUAAAGACGCCGCCAUGACCGUGGUCGGCUUCUCCAAGGGCUCCCAGACGGUCCGAAAGCUGCUGCAACGCAACCGCAGCACGGUGCUGCCCUUCCUGCCGCCGGAGGUGCAUCGAGGGGAGCGAUUCGGACGCAGCGCCGACGUCUACAUGUUUGGGGUCCUGAUGUGGGAGCUCUACACCGGCGGCGUGGCCUUCUCCCACCUGGCCGGCACCCCCGUCAAGCUGCUGCAAACCGUCAUCGCAGACGGCGUGCGGCCGCCCUGGCCCGAGGGCACCCCGCUGUGGUACCAGGCGCUCGCAGCGCGCUGCUGGGCGGGCAACCCCAAGCAGCGACCCUCCUUCCGCCGCAUCCUGGACAAACUGGCGGAAGCGGCGAACCUGGUGGCUAACCCCAGUGGCACCCCAGGCGGCAGCGGCAGCCCCACGCAGGGGGCCGCAGCGGUUGUAAGCUACGAAAAGGCGUAACUGUAGAUCGCUGAGUGUGGAGUGGGGUCAGGCAGGAUGGUAAGGACCGUUAUUGGUGCGGAGAGGAGAUGGG